CCUGCCAGACCUAGCACCUUGCUUCUUUUUAAAAAGCCCUCCCGGUGCAGACCUCCUCCCAGCAUCCACCUACUUCCUUGUGCACAGUUGUCCUCGGCCAGUCCCAGAUCUUCUUCAUUCCACCCUACCUCCACACACCCCUCCCUCUACAAGCACGCCUGUGCCAAGGACUGUGGGGCCCGGCCUCCACCAGGACACGUGCCAACCCAGCUCUGGGAUCAAGUGGAGGAGCCUGGCAACUUUGGUCAGAUGGAGGCGUAAAGGUUCAGCUGCCUCUUGGCUCUUUGAAAGAUGGGGCCUUCCUACCAGGCAGUGGGCAUCAACAUCUGGAUCCUCCUGGUAUUUGCAGCUUCUGCCCUCGGGGGCAGUGACAGGGGCCGGAAGAAGAUUGUUCAUGUGCUAGAGGAUGAGUCAGGGGCCGUGGUGGUCCAGACAGCACCAGGAAAGGUGGUCACACACCGAGGGGGAACCAUCGUCCUGCCUUGCCGCUAUCACUAUGACAUCUCAGCCCAUGAUGAGGAUGAAAUCCGCCUCAAGUGGACCAAAGUGACUGACCCGUUGGCUUUCCGUGAUGUCUUCGUGGCCAUGGGUAAGGAGAGGAGGGCCUUUGGCAGCUACCGGGGUCGGACAUCUCUUCAGGAAGAUGGCCCUGGAGAUGCUUCCUUGAUUAUCCGGAAUGUCACGCUACAGGACUAUGGCCGUUAUGAAUGUGAGGUCACCAAUGAGCUGGAAGAUGAUGCUGGCAUGGUCAGCUUGGACUUAGAAGGUGUGAUCUUCCCCUACCAUCCCCGCCUGGGCCGCUACACGCUGACUUUCCCAGAGGCACAGCGGGCGUGCGCCGAGCAGGACGGCAUCCUGGCCUCCUAUGAGCAGCUGCACGCGGCGUGGCGCGAGGGCCUGGACUGGUGCAACGCGGGCUGGCUGCAGGACGGCUCGGUGCAAUACCCUGUGGGCCAGCCGCGCGAAGAGUGCGGCCGCCGGGAGGCUCCCGUGGGCGUGCGCAACUAUGGCUACCGUCACAAGGAGGAUGAGCGCUACGAUGCCUUCUGCUUCACGUCCAAUUUGCAGGGUCAGGUAUUCUUCCUGAAGCCCUACCGCAAGGUGAGCUUCCCGGAGGCGGUGCGGGCGUGUGCGGGCAGCGGGGCCGCGGUGGCCAAGGUGGGUCAGCUGUACGCCGCGUGGAAGCUGCAGUUGCUGGACCGCUGCGAGGCCGGCUGGCUGGGCGACGGCAGCGUGCGCUACCCCAUCGUCAACCCGCGUGCUCGCUGCGGAGGCCAGAGGCCGGGCGUGCGAAACCUUGGUUUUCCGGACAAGAAGCAUCGGCUCUUCGGCGUCUACUGCUACCGCGCUCCUGGCUCCCCCGACCCAGGAGCAGCGCGCUGGGGCUGGGGCUGGCGGGACCCAAGCGCCUGGCGGCCCCUGCACGUCUAACUGGGUGCCGGUCCAGGGAGGGGCUCCCCCAGCGGUCACCAAGGGAUUUGGCAUUUGCCGCACCCCCGGGGAGGGACUUCUAAGCGUAGCUGUGGGGACCAGCAUCCGUUUCUUCCCCUUGAGGGGAGGGGGUUUUCUAAGAUGUUGCCAUGGGGACCAGCAUCUGAUCGUUCUCCCCUACCCGGGCCAGAGGGAUGUCUGGGUGUCACCAUGGAGACUAACUCCAGUCUCCCCAACCAGGGCAUUUUUUUUAGGUGUUGCCAUGGGGACCAGCAUCUGCCCUGUCCCCAGGGAAGGAACUUCGGCCUCCGCCCCUCUUCUCCUGGGGGGCGGUGUCUCGAGAGACUUCAACCAGAACUCCUAUCUGCCCCACCCCUUCAUGGAAGGAUCCUAGACAUCCCUGAGACUCCUGCCCCGCCUCUGGGAGAGGAAAGGGUCCUCUGUUGCUAUGGUGUUGCUAUGGUGACUGACCUUUGCCCCAGUCCCUGAAGGAAUACUUCUGCCGUAGCCAUAGUGACUGGCUCCUCCCUCCACCUUUUGCCACGGUGACUGACUUCUUCCUAGCCGCCCAGUCAUCCCUGUGGGGACUGAUACCCCAGCCUCCAGGUGGCAUCCACUGCGCCCGACUCCGCAGGCGGCCUCGGGACGUUUACAAUCGGGAAGCAAGAAUCAGGUCCCCAGGACCCAAAAGCUGCUUUCCUUUCCCCUUACCCCCUCUGAACUUCCUACUGGGACAGGACAUCGACAACGCCACAAGAAGGCUGAAUUUGGCACAAAUUACUAUUUGUGUGACCUUGGGCAAGUCACAUAAUGUCUCUGGGCAGCCUCUCAAUUUCUUCAUCCAUAAAAUGGGGGGUUUGGACUAGAUGACCUCUAAGGUCCCUUCCAGUUCCAAAUGUAUGAUCCUAUGACUGGGAGGCAAGAGGCUUGCAUGCACCAGUCCCUUGCCCCCAGGGCCCAGGGGUCAGCCUGGGGAGGAGAAGCUCUUCCCCUUCCAGGACCUUAGUCUCAUCCUGCUUGUCUUGUCCUCUUGCCCCAAAUAAAAGUGCAGGUCCAACCCAUCUCGACCCGUGUGUUUGCUUUAUCUGCAUGGCCCCAUCAGGGUCCCUUAUCUGGAUCUAGCUUCCUUCUCUCUCACAACAAGAAAGAGAAUUGGAGACUGAUCAGGGCUUCAGCUUACGUGGGGUACCCUCAGGCUGGAUCACAGGACAUUUCUCCUGCUUCCAGCUCCCGGCCAGACCCUCUUGUACAUUGGACAUCGAAACCCCCAAGCCAGAAGAUCCCAUGCAGAAAGGAGGCACCAGAGAACCAUUCGGGGACCCAGCUAUGGUCCCAGAACAAGAGGUUGUAGAAAUGUCCUCCCCCCAUUAAUAAAUGAUGGAACUCCCAUCUUGUGGCAGUGGACAAGACCACUGAAGGGGCAGGGAGGGGGAGAGCCUUCUCAUCGUGGUUACCACCUCUGUGUGUUCACCAUUAGUGGAGUCACGGUGGCUACGUGGAACUGUUCUUUUCCAUGCAAAGAGAAUGGGAUUUAGGAGCAAGGUCUCUAAUUGGGUUGAUCUUUCAAAACAAGGAGAUCUUCUCACUUAUUUAGGAUCCAAGGAGUGGUAAAGCAGGAGUUUCUCUGGGGAAGUAUGCCUUUCCUGAUGCCCCCAGCUGUUCCAUUCUCAAUUUUCAUGCAUAUAAUUAUCUGUGCAGUACAACCCUGCAGCAGAAUGUAAGCUUCUUGAGGGCAGGGACCAUUUUUUAUUUUUGCCCUUGUAUCCCCAGUGCCUCACACAGUGCCUUGCACAUAGUGAGCUCCUAAUAAAUGCUUGUUGUAUUGCAUUGGUUUUGAGAUGAUGAGGGAUGUUUUAGGUAAGCCAGGGGAGGGAUGAUGUGACCUUGGAUAUCCACUGGCAUCUGAUGUGGGUGGGUAGGUCUUUAUAACUGACUGUGGAUGCUGCUAACAGCUGGGCUUCUCUUUUUGGCUCCAAGACAGCCAGCUUGCACUAAUGACUUCCUUCCCUCCCUCCCCAUGCUCCAAACGCAGCAGAUUUUUAAUUCAGAGUUGACUUUCUCCUGCCCUUGGUCAGCAUGUGUGCAGAGGGCAAAGCAGCACAGCAGCUGUGAUCUUUAUCUCAAUCAGGAAGGCAAAGCCCGUGUCCUGAUGGCAGGCAGGUGGCCUGGUUUUGAGUUCCAGCUCCUGCUUUGACUCCAUAUGUGAUCUUAGGAAAGUCACUUCUCUCGGGGCCCCUUUUUUCUUCCUCUAAAAAAUGAGGAUAAUAAUACCUAGUGAGCUUCCCUCCUAGAGAGGUGAGAAAAGCACUUUGGACCUGUAUUGCAUUCAAUUCAGUUCAUGGGAGGGAAUUGUCAUUAUUAAGCAUCAUUCCCAGCUUUAUUUCACACUAUUCCCCAUGGUGCACUCUACAUUCCAGCCAAAUUGGACUCGUUGUUGUUCCCCAGACCUUGCAUGCCAUCUCUAACCUGUGUGCAUUCCUACAAGAGAUCACCAAUACUUAGAAUGCAUUUCCUACUCAAUUCUGCCUCCUGACUCCUUUUCCUUUAUGGUCCGGCUUAGCUCUCUUCAGUC